GAGAAGAUUUGAGGGAUUAGAAGGGUGGUGAAGGCGUGGUUGUCCAAAAUCCCCCUCUGAGGAGAGAUGAUUGAUAUCUGGCUGUCAUUCCAAGAAGCUUCUGGUUGACAAAUACUGUCUGGUAUUUCCUUGCUGAUUUCUUACCCUCACACCGCAAGCCCUGAUCACUGUGGUCCACUGUGCAAAUGCAAAUUACCUGAAUCAGGCUGCUGGUGACUCACCAACUCCCCUUUAAAGCAACAUCAGGUUCAACACAGUGACAGCUCAGCGUAGAAGCCAUGGCUCGCAGACACUGCUUCUCCUACUGGUUACUGGUCUGCUGGUUGGCGGUAACUGUGGCAGAAGCACCGUCCACUUUCUAUCUCCAGCAGCAUAGUAAUUUGCACAUGGACAAGAAGAGGUAUUUACCCCUCCUGGAGACUCACAAAAUAACGCAAACCCUACCGACUGCCAGAUCUUUACACUCACCCCUCCACCUGCCACGAGGAGUCCGGUCACAAGGGUCCAGCCCAUCACAAAGACACCUAGGUGUCCCUUCCAUUUUUUUCCACGAAGGCCCAGAAUCUAUUUUAGGUUUCCAAACAGACCUUUCCUGCCUUCAAGGUGUAACCACCAUUUUCCAUUCCAGCCAUUUUAUUGGCCACACCGUCGCCUUACUCCUUAUAGAUAUUUCCCCAGAAGAAGACUCCAGAGGGGAAGCUCAUCUGAGGAAAGCUGAGAGGGAAGAGAAACCCAAACAUAUGGAAGCAAAAAAAGCAAUCCUUCAGAAAAAGCAACAAAAAAAUUUCCGUUUUAUCUUUCCAAACUAACUAUUGGAUCUGAAGAUUAAAUAUCCUAAACACCACUGACUAGAAACUGUUCUCUUUGUCAGCAGUGAAGAUACUGGAUCACAGGUUAUUGAUGUUUGCAAAAUUGGACAAUAACCACGUUAUUUUUAUCCUCAACUUCUUAUGGUCACAGGAUAUUUAUGCAAAUAAAAUCUUAAAA